GCUUAACGCAACUUUCCGGAGGGGUUCAGCGGUUUGUUUAUAUUGUACUGAAUCUAGCUAAAGCAGCUGUCAAACAUAAGUUGAGCUGCUCAUAACUGUCGACACUAUGGGGAGGCACGAGCUUUUUCAGAGUCAAACCUCUCUCAUCAUAACAUUAUUGACGGACACUGCAAAACACGAGAUACAAAAGGCUUUUACGAACAUCUCAAAUGAAUCCAGUCUCCCCGACAAACUAAACGACCCUCACAUUCAAAUGCUUAAUUCCAUCAUGGACAGGUUCACCAAAGAAGCAGUGCAGAAGAUUUGUAGUCUCUUCAGAUACUGUUCAUCUGUUGCACCACUUCCUGCACAAAGUGAUGAAGACGCUUUGAGGAAGACUUCAUCUCAGUCAAGAUGUGAUCUCAGUGGAACAACAUAUAUCCACAACCAAGAGUUUCAGAGAGAUGUUAUGUCUUUCUCUUUGAGUCCUCAGAAGGAUCUUGCAUCAACAUCUCACCAGCAACUUUCAAGUAUUGAGGUUACACAGGAAAGUAAUGUAAGCACAUGUCUUAUGAUGGAGGAUAGACCAGAAGAAACCCCCCAGACAAUAUUCAUCAGUGAUGCUGCUGAAGACCAGAGCUGGUCUGAAGAUCAUGAAGGAGCAUUACAGACAUCAACAAAACAACCUGAAGUGUCACAUGAGAAAGACUCUUUUGAAUGUGAGCAGUGCGGGAAAGCCUUUCCGAAGAUGUUUUCUCUCGUCCAGCACAAACGUGUGCACUCAAUCGUGAGGCCGCACAGCUGUGAGAAGUGCGGCAAGAAAUUCACACUGCUAAGAGCACUAGAAACUCACCUCCGCAAGCACUCGCAGAAGUUUGAGAAGAAGAAAUUCCCCUGUGCCACCUGCGGAAAGAGCUUCAGAGAUCUGGCAGCACACGAGCUAGUCCAUGCGGAAGUCAAACCAUUUACCUGUGAAACAUGUGGACAGGGAUUCACCAUCAAAAGAAGUUUAUACAUGCACCAGAGAGUCCACACAGGGGAAAAACCAUACAGAUGUGACACCUGCGGAAAGUGUUUCUCUCUGAUCGGCACGUUGAACUAUCACAAGAGGAUUCAUUCCAACGAAAGACCCAUAAAAUGCAGCCAUUGCAAUAAGAGCUUCAAAUACCAUAAACUCUUGAAACACCACCUCCGCGUUCACACAGGCGAAAGACCGCACACAUGCGACAUCUGCGGGAAAAGUUUCGCACUUUCCGGAACAUUAAAACGCCACAUCCUUAUUCACACCGGCGACAAGCCUUACGUCUGCGAGGUUUGCGGUAGAAGAUUCAAUCAGAGAAGCACUCUAAAAGGCCACAUGCGAGUUCAUGGUGAAAAACGGUUUAUGUGUGAAAUGUGUGGCAAAACCUUCCAGUAUAAUUACGUUCUGAGGAACCACAUUUUAACACACAAUCAAAUCAAUCCAGGUGACAAGAGCAACGCUCAGCGCUGUGAGGUGUGUGGAAAGUUUCUCAGCUCUGCUUAUGCAUUGAAAGCUCACCUUCAGCUCCAUUCGGAUAACACCAAACCGUUUGCCUGCACGUCAUGUGACAGGAAGUACAGCAGCAUUCAUUCCCUCCGAAUGCACGAACAGAUUCAUACCGGUGAAAAACCGUUCAAGUGCGAGAUCUGCGGUAAGGACUUUUCUCUGAGGGCUUCAUAUAAAACCCACAUGUUUCUGCAUUCAGGAGAAAGACCUCAUAAAUGCGUGUUGUGUGGUAAGAGAUUCAAGCUGUCGAGUUCGCUAAAGAUGCACAUGCGCACUCAUACUGGAGAAAAGCCUCACAAGUGUGAGACUUGUGGGAAGGCGUUUCAUUUAUCUGCCAAUUUGAAACGACACAGGCUUGUGCACACCGGGGAAAAGCCGUUUACUUGUGAUAUUUGUCUGAAGAGUUUCACGCAGCCCAAUAAUUUGAAGGCACACAUGCACAUUCACACCGGGAAGAAACCGUACACCUGCACAAAGUGCUGGAAAAGUUUUGCAUAUCAGAGAAAUUAUAAAGAGCACAAAUGCCUUCCAGUUUGAGAAGUUUUACUUGAUGCGUUUAAAUUGAGCUUGUAGGAUUGUAAUGACAUUACAGGUGAAUUUCUGGAUUGUUUGUGUUUAUUUAUCGAAUGUUAUUGAAAUUAAAGUAGUUUUGCUUUGUCUGUUUUAAAUGGGUGAGUGUAUGGGUGCUUCCCAGUGCUGGGUUGCGGCAGGAAGGGCAUUUACUGUGUAAAACAUAUGCUUGAGUAAUUCGCGAUUCAUUCUGCUGUGGCGACCCCUGAUAAAGAAGGGAAUAAGCAAAAGGAAAGUGA